GCGGCGGCGGGCGGGCCGCGGCUUUGCGGCUACCUGCAGAGGCUCUCCGGGAAGGGCCCGUUGCGGGCUUUCCGCAGCCGCUGGUUCGCCUUCGACGCGCGGCGCUGCGAGCUCUGCUACUACCGGAGCCCGCGGGAGGCGCAGCCGCUGGGCCGCCUGGAGCUGGCCCACGCCGCCUUCCGCCUGCACGACCCGCCCGCGCCCGGCCCGGGCCCCGCGCCGCAGCCGGCCGAGGAGGAGCGGCGCCAGGAAGACGGCGCGCCCGGCACCGCCUUCGAGGUGCACGGCCCCGGCGGCGACGUGGCCGUCCUGCGGGCCGCCACGCACCAGGACAUGAUGUACUGGCUGCAGGAGCUCCAGCAGAAGAGGUGGGAGUAUUGCCACGCUCCCGAUGCUGCCAAGUGCUACGGCCGGACGUCGCCCACCCCGGCCGGGUGCUCCAGGGGCCUGGUGGCCAAAGACAGUCCCGAUUCCACGGCGCUGCCUGCAAAUGCUUCGGCGGAGAAAGCCCGCCACGUCCUCGCCGUCGAGAUCGCCCCCACGGAGCUGGUGGGGGAGCAAGCCGCCUGCCUGCCCGCUCCGGGCCACCCCGGCCCCAUCAACUUCUCCCUGAGGCAGCUGGGCACCGAGAUCAGGAAUUCCGUGUCUUCCUUGAGAACCGGAAAAGGGAGCGGCGAGAACCGCAGGAGCGUCUUUUACACCGAAGAAUGGGAAAUGCUGGACCCCUCCCCCAAAGACCUGCAGGAGUCGGCAGCCCAGGAAGAAAGGCGGAGGCUGGCAGCCGAGCCCAGCAAAGGUGGGACCGGCCUGACCUUCCCCUUUGAUUUCGGCCGCCUCCCCCACAAGGCCAGGCGUCCCUCCUCGAAGGACCCCAUGGCUUCUGGCAAAGGCCGGGGCAGCCCGGAGGCCUCCCCUCUGGAGUGGAACGGAGGCCGGCCGGCUGCAGAGAUGCAGCUGAGGUUGCAGAGGCAGCAGGAGAACCUGGAGCAGCUGAAGACGGAGCUGGCCAGCCAGAAGGAACUGGUGCGGCUCCUGCAGCAGACCGUCCGCUCCUCCCAGUACGACCGGUACCUAGCGGGGCCCCUCUGCGACGGGAGCGCCAAGGGCCACUUGGAGCUGCUUCACCAGAAAGACCACCAGAUUCUGGGCCUCAACCACCAGCUGGAGAAGCUGAGCCUGGAGAAGGAGCACUUGCAGCAGGAGGUGGCCAGCCUGAAGGCCUCGCUGGGGGAGCUGGGCGAGCGGCUGGAGAUGCUGAUGGAGACCAUCCAGGCGAAGGACGAGGUGAUCGUGAAGCUCUCCAGGGAGCUGAGCGAGGGCGAGUCCUCCUGGCAAGGCGCCCCAGCCGACCCCUCCCCGCCCGGCAGCAAGGAGCAGCAGGAGCUCAGCAGGCUGAAGGACAGCCUGCAGGGCUACAAGACCCAGAACAAGUUUUUGAACAAGGAGAUCCUGGAGCUUUCUGCUUUACGGAGGAACGCCGAGAACCGGGAGAAGGCGCUGAGGGCAGAGCACACCAGCCUGGAAGCCCGGAUGUGCCAGGUGGAGAGCAGGUACCUGGUUCUGCUGCAGGAGAGGAAGGCGCCGGUGUGCCUGGAGGAGCCCAGCCCCAACGGCGACCUGGUGGCCCGGCUCUUGGAAGACGCCCUGGAGGUGGACAGCGGUGAGCUGCCCGAACAGGCUUACUUCAAGCCCCACAUGGUCAGCGAGUACGAUGUCUACGGGUUCCAGACGGUCCCGGAGGACGAGGCGGAGGAGGAGAGGCUGGAGGCGAAGGUGCGGGCCCUGGACCUGAAGUCCUUGUCCCUCACGGAGCACCAGGAGAUGUCCACGGGCGUGAAGUGGGAGAACUUCCUGGCUGCCACCGCGAACAGGGAGAUGGUCCGGACGGUGGAGCUGAAGAACCUCGUCCGGGCCGGGGUCCCCCAUGAGCACCGUUGCCAGAUCUGGAAGUGGUGCGUUGGGCACCAUGUGAAGAAGAUCAAGGAGAAGAAGCCGCCCAACCACUUCCAGGAGCUGCUGCAGGGCUCGCUGAAGAAGCAGAACCCGGCCUCCAAGCAGAUCGAGCUGGACCUCCUGCGGACAAUGCCCAACAACAAGCACUACGCCUCACCCGCCUCCGAGGGCAUCCAGAAGCUGCGGAACGUCCUGGUGGCUUUCUCGUGGCAUAACCCGGAGAUCGGCUAUUGCCAGGGGCUCAACAGGCUGGCGGCCAUCGCUCUCCUCUACCUGGAGCAGGAAGACGCCUUCUGGUGCCUGGUGGCCAUCGUGGAGGUCUUCAUGCCCCGGGACUAUUACACGAAAACUCUGCUUGGCUCUCAGGUGGACCAACGGGUCUUCAAGGACCUGAUGAACGAGAAGCUGCCCCGGCUGCACGCCCACUUUGAGCAGCACCGGGUGGACUUCUCGCUUAUCACCUUCAACUGGUUCUUGGUCGUCUUCGUGGACAGCGUGGUCAGCGACCUCCUCUUCAAAAUAUGGGAUUCCUUUCUCUACGAGGGACCAAAGGUGAUCUUCCGCUUCGCUCUGGCGCUCUUCAAGUACAGAGAGGAGGAGAUCUUAAAGCUCCAGGACUCCACGUCCAUCUUCAAGUACCUGCGGUCCUUCACUCGCACAGUCCUGGAUGCCAGGAAGCUGAUGGGCAUCGCCUUCAGGGACCUCAACCCCUUCCCCCUGCGCCAGAUCAGGAACCGGAGGGCCUUCCACCAGGAGAAGGUGCGCCUGGAGCUGCUGGAGCUGGAGGCCAUGCGCGAGGACUUCCUGCGCGAACGAGAGACCGACCCAGAGAAAAGGGACCUGAUCAGCGAGGAUGAGGAAGACAGCUGAAGGGACCCCGGAGGACCCCUCCCGCCAGGGGAGUGGGCUUCUUCCUCAGGGCAGGACCUCGUGGGGAUCCCGCCUUUCGCAACAGGGGCGGCUCCUGCUUAUGUACCCGGCAGCACUUCAGGCUUCCUUCCAGUGGCGCAGCUGGGCUGGGCGUGCUCCCUCCUUCCUUUCAAGGCCUCCGAAGUGCCUCCAGGCGUAACGCUGAAAGGCCCGCCGCCAUUUCAUACCAAAUCCUCGGCCUUUAAAUUGUGCCCUUUGGGAGACACGGUCCUCGUCUCGUCUUUCUUUGAGAAAGGAACCAAGUGGUGAUGCUUCAUCGGACGCUGGCGGCUUCAAAGACAUUCCGCGGGGCCCCUGGGAAGCCGCAGAGGACCCGGGGGUCGCACUGGGGGGUUCCGGAUGGCUGCCGUCCCCCUUCUGGGCUGGGGUCCCCGUCUCUGCUGGAACCAGCCGGGCUCCCAGGAAGGGCUCCUUUAAGGGGCCAGUCUUCUCUGCAGGAGGGCCAGCCCCAUCGUCGCCCGGCUGCGUGUCUCUCUGGUGCCGGCCUCCCCGGUCCUCCUGGGGAGGGGCUGAGGUUGAGCGGAGGAGACGAGGAGGCAAAACCCAGCCGCGUUUCUCUUGGGGAGCCGGGACAAUUCAUCCCAGAAGGAUCUAGUCGUUCCGCCUUCCCUCCAUGGAGCUUUUGUUCUGUAAUACCUGCCCCCCAACCCGGAGGCCUUCCUUGGGGAAGAGAUGGGGAGGCCGUGCAGCCAGGAGCUCUGCCUCCCUCCAGCCAGGACUUGCCUGCUCACGGCCAGGCCCACGCCGCUUUGGGGGCAAAGAAGGCGCCCCACAGCCCAGGGUCGGUUUGGGAAAGGCAGGACCCAGGUCCGCCGUGGGCGUCUGAAUACCUUGAAUCCUAGUCUAAUGCCCUAAUCCGCGGCUGCAACGGGGGAAUCCCUCCCCGGUGGAGUUUUGGCCGACUUGUGGCUCCCUGGAUCAACGUUGGUGUCCUCGGCUGUUGUGCCAGCCAGUCCAGUGGGUUUCCUCUGCGGGGGGGCUAUGUGGGGUGCCCCAGGUUGUGUGACGCAAGGGUUCCUCUCCCUGCGUUCCUCCCCACGGAGCCCAACGGGCUGGACACCUUCAUCACCCAGAGGCCUCCCAGAUAGUCAGCACGGGGGCGGGAGACCGCCACACACGGCCCCAACACACAGCCCGGUGGCACUUGGAGCUGGGUGGAUGCCAACGCCUGGAAUUUCUCUGCUGGCUGGGAAGCUCCGAAUGUCCAAAUAUUCAGGUCUCAAUUCCGGCUGCCAGCUUUCCCUUCCUUUUUAUAAAGAACCCCAAACU